GACGGGGCUAGGCCGGCCUUUCCGAGAAACGCGGCCUGUCCUGGGCGGUCUCAGGACUGUCUUCAUCUCCAGCCUGGGCGUUUCCGACUAAGGUGUGGCUGUCUCAUUCCCAAGUAACCCAGGAGUGGCCCUGUGGCUGUGGGUGGCCGUCCGCCUCCCACCACGCUCGUCAGACCUCCAGUAGCCAAAAUGGUGCAGCAGAUCGAUAGCAAAGAGGCUUUUCAGCAAGCCUUGGCUGCUGCAGGAGAUAAACUUGUAGUAGUUGAUUUCUCAGCCACAUGGUGUGGGCCUUGCAAAAUGAUCAAACCUUUCUUUCAUUCCCUGUCUGAAAAAUAUUCCAACGUGUUGUUCCUUGAAGUAGAUGUGGAUGACUGUCAGGACAUUGCUGCAGAGUGUGAAGUCAAAUGCAUGCCAACCUUCCAGUUUUUUAAAAAGGGUGAAAAGGUGGGUGAGUUUUCUGGCGCUAAUAAGGAAAAGCUUGAAGCCACCAUUACUGAAUUAGUCUAAUUGUGUUUUCUGAAGAAUAUAAUGAGCUAUCCACUGUGUAAAACUUUUAAUUUUUUUUAUUUACGAAAAAUAUGAAGUAUGGAAACUAUAUACCCAACUGCCAUCUGAUUAUAAAUGACAAUAAAAUAUUAAUUCUACCCUUUUUAAAACUGGUGUCUGAAUAGCUUUUAAAAUAAAUGAGAAAAGGCCA